AUGGACGUCCUUUUGUUUGCGGGUGUUAUGACAGCCGGAAUUUACGUUGCUCGCAGCUUCCUGAACCCGAUACUUAGCAGCUUGGUCGACCCAGAAAAAGAGAAGCAAGAGCAGGCUAGACGACAAGCAAAGGCACAUCUAGAGCGCCUGAGCCGCCGACAGCGAGGGCCAGAAGAUCUUGAUGAGGACAGUAGUGGAUCUAGGAAAGGGCCUCGGCUGGAGGAACUUGCGCUGAAUGAAUAUGAGAAUCUCAUCGCUCUCGAAAUGGUCGCGCCAGAGGACAUUCCGGUUGGAUUUGACGACAUUGGUGGCUUGGAAUCAAUCAUCGAAGAGAUCAAAGAAUCAGUAAUCUAUCCGCUCACGAUGCCCCAUAUCUACUCACACGCCGGCUCUCUGUUAUCUGCGCCGUCGGGCGUCCUACUUUACGGGCCUCCGGGAUGCGGAAAGACUAUGUUGGCAAAGGCCGUAGCACACGAGAGCGGCGCUUCGUUCAUCAACCUGCAUAUUUCAACUUUAACAGAGAAAUGGUAUGGCGACUCAAACAAGAUUGUGCGGGCUGUUUUCUCCUUGGCCCGGAAAAUGCAACCGGCAAUCAUCUUCAUCGACGAAAUUGACGCAGUUCUGGGCACACGGAGGAGUGGGGAGCAUGAAGCUAGUGGAAUGGUGAAAGCAGAGUUUAUGACGCUUUGGGAUGGGUUGACAUCUGUCGAUUCUGCAGGAAAGCCAGCUCAGAUCGUGGUACUAGGCGCAACCAAUCGAAUUCACGACAUAGAUGAAGCGAUUCUACGACGAAUGCCCAAGAAAUUUCCAGUACCUCUACCCGGCCAAGAGCAAAGGCGGAGGAUUUUGCAACUGGUCCUCAAAGACUCGAAAACAGACCCGAACCACUUCGAUAUCGACUAUGUAUCAAAAAUCACCGCCGGCAUGUCGGGCAGUGAUAUUAAGGAGGCCUGCCGAGAUGCAGCAAUGGCACCAGUCAGGGAAUAUAUGAAGGAACACAGAACUCAGGGGCGAUCAAUGGCGCCUGUUGACCCGCGGAAUUUCAGAGCAAUCCGAAACGAUGACUUUUUUGGUAGACGAGGCGGUCAGAGGGUCGUGGUUUCGGGGGAGCCUGCUGCACACACCAGGGUGUCCAGUGCAAGAUUCCACGACGCACAGGAUGAGUUGAUUGUAGAGGAACAGGACUGA